UGCCUGUCCUAGAGAGAGGGUGAGAGAGCGAGCUACAGGAAUAAAGUGCUCCUCCUGGAUCUUAUCGAAGCUUUCUCCUCUCUCUCACCUUCUUCUCUCUUCCUUGUACACCGCUUGCUUCCUGCUUGUGUCUAUUUAAGUUGGGGAGGCCCUGGAGAGGACACACAAUGGAGCGAAGAGCCUGUGGCAACUGGGCCGUUGUACUGCUGAGAGGGGGAUGGGGUAGAGAGAGGACCGGUUCACACAGCUAACACAGCCUGCUGGCUGAAGGCUUCUACAGCCUCCUCUCCCCGCCUGGACCCACUGUUUCCAAGCUGGGGCCUUUUUCCUGGAACAACCACCCUCAAAUGCCGCUUGGACUACACUAAGGAUUACUCACCGUGUUCUGUGGGAUUUUAGUACACAUACUGGAGCCUGAAGAAUAAAUCUCUCGUGUGUUUUGGAUGAGAGAAAAGGAAAAACAAACUUCUGUGUAAUUCUUUCGAGCCUUUUUUUGUCUUUUGGUUUCUGUUUCUGUUUAGUGGAGUUCAUAAAUGGAUUACAAGAUGCACGCCAAGUCAAACGAUUUGCUGGAUUUUCAAAAACUGGAUGCCCUUCUGGAAAAAAUUGCACAUUCAGUCUCUGUGAAAAGAGAGUCCAGCGAGGAGUGCAAUGGGAUCAGCGGUGCUCUGUCAGUGGAGUCUGUGCCGGGGCCAAGACUGAACUGGUGUCCUGCCAACACCACUACCCCUGCCCCUGCUCCAGCUCCAGCUCCCGCUCCGGGGCCCGAGCCCAUGCCCAACCCUGUAAGAAUGGGUGACGGCCUGGACACUGCGCAGAUGUCGGGCAGCAGCAGCAGCAGCCAGGGGCAGGCCCAGUCGUCGGGCAACCCCGUACCCCCAGAGUGCAUCAAUCCCGACAGGCCGAAGCGCCAGACCAAUCAGCUGCAGUAUCUGCUCAAGGUGGUGGUGAAGGCCCUGUGGAAACACCAGUUUGCCUGGCCCUUUCAUGCACCAGUGGAUGCAGUCAAACUUAACCUGCCUGACUACUACACAAUAAUCAAAAUUCCUAUGGACAUGGGAACAAUCAAGAAAAGGCUUGAGAACAGUUACUACUGGAAUGCCCAAGAAUGUAUUCAAGACUUCAACACGAUGUUUACCAACUGCUACAUAUACAACAAGCCUGGAGAUGACAUAGUCUUAAUGGCUGAGGCUCUGGAGAAGGUUUUCCUCCAAAAGGUCACAGAAAUGCCUCAGGAUGAAACUGAGAUUGUUGUCAUGACAGGGAAAGGACGUGGACGGGGCAGGAGAGAGGGAGGUCUGAACUUGAAACCAGGGCCCAUCAUUGAUUCUUCGUCCACGACUCCUCAAACUCGCGGUCUGUCCAACCUCUCAGCAGCGCCGCAGACCAGAGGACCAGUGCAGGGCCCGCCUUCACUACCUCCCCAGCCUUUGAUGCAGGCCCACGUGCCCCCAACGUUACCUAGCCAUGCGCCACAGCUUGGAGCUCCCUACUCCCUGGGCCAAUCAGACUGCGCUCCUCAAGUUCCCAUCAUGACUUCUGUGCCUCCCCCUGCUCAGACACCCCUUCCCCCAACAUCCAUCCAGAGCACUGCCCCCAUGCUGCAGAAUCCUAUAACCAUGACCAAACAAAGAAAGAGCCAGAAAAGGAAAGCAGACACUACAACGCCCACAGCAAAUGACCAACUCAGUGAAUCUUCGCCAGCAGAGUCCAAAUCUGGGAAGACACUACCCAGACGAGAGAGUACCAGACCUACGAAACAGAUGAAGAAGGAAGCCCCAGACUCUCAGCAUCACAUAGGCAUGGGGAUUGGACUCAGCGCACCAAGUGGAGGUCAUAGCCCCAAACCACAAGAUCAGCUGGGAUAUUGUGCUAGUCUGGUUAGGGAGAUGCUGUCUAAGAAGCAUGCUGCUUACGCCUGGCCCUUCCACAAACCUGUCGAUGUGGAUGCACUGGGACUACACGAUUAUCACGAUAUCAUCAAACAUCCCAUGGACCUCAGCACCAUCAAGGCCAAGCUGGAGAACAGGCAAUACCGUGAACCCCAGGAGUUUGCUGCUGAUGUACGAUUAAUGUUUUCCAACUGCUACAAAUAUAAUCCACCAGACCAUGAAGUGGUAGCUAUGGCACGAAAAUUACAGGAUGUCUUUGAGAUGCGAUUUGCCAAGAUGCCAGAUGAACCUGAGAGCAAGCCUCUGGUUUCUGCCCCAGCCCCUACACUUCACCAUCCUGCCCCUGUUAAGCCCCAGCCUCCUUUGGCCCAUGUCGCCUCAUCUUCAGACAGUUCCAGUGACUCAUCCUCUGAGUCUGAGUCUUCCACAGAUGACUCUGAAGAGGAGAGAGCCCAGAGGUUGGCAGAGCUCCAGGAACAGUUGAAGGCUGUUCAUGAGCAGCUGGCUGCCCUGUCUCAACCACAAGCCAGCAAACCAAAGAGAAAAGAGAAGGAAAAGAAAGAGAAGAAAAAAGAUAAGCAUAAGAAGAAAGGAAGCAUGGCUGGCCUAGUAGAUGAAAUCCAGGAUGCUACACCUGUUCCACAGCUCUCCAAGAAGACCAAGACCAGUAACAAUAGUAACAAAGAGCUUAUUCCCAAGAAGAAACCCAGUAAAAAGGAGGGGAUGAAAAGCAACCAUCCCUCCAACAUGCAGCCAGUUCCCAGCCUGGAAGAUGACCUGGGGGCAGCUGGGUCAUCAGCUACAGGGGAAAAGUGCAAGCCUAUGACAUACGAGGAGAAGAGGCAGUUAAGCUUGGACAUCAACAAGCUUCCUGGUGACAAGCUUGGUCGUGUAGUGCAUAUUAUCCAGUCCAGAGAGCCCUCACUCAAAAACUCAAACCCUGAUGAGAUUGAGAUUGACUUUGAGACACUAAAGCCUUCUACUCUACGCGAGCUGGAAAGAUAUGUGUCUUCCUGCCUCCGCAAGAAGAAAAAGGUUCCAGUUGAGAAGACUGUGGAGUCCUUGGCUACCUCCAAAAAGACUGGAUCUUCUUCAGAGAGCAGUGGCUCCAGCUCAGACAGUGAAACUGAGGCGACAGGAAUUAUAAAACAGCAGAAGAAGAAGGGCCAGUCUGUGAAGGAGGGGAAGAAGACACAUCCUCACACUCAGAGCGGCCCUGCUCAGCCUGGACUUAAUUCCCAACCUGCAGGCCUUCAGUCCAGCAGUCAGAUGAAGCACCAUCAGCAGCAGCAGCAGCAUCAGCCAUCUCCUGCAGGCUUCAUGGCUCCUCCUGUAGCUGCUCUCGAGUCUUCCCAGUUACUGGAGACUAGCUUUGAGUCCCUGCCGCCUUUCGGUCAACCCCUCAUGCAUCUGUCCCACCACACAGGCAACUCCUCCUCACCGCCACCUCCACACCUCAAUGCUCAUUCUGGGCCGGCGUCACCAGAGACCCACCCCUUCCUCAACCAGCAUCCCGUCCUCCCAUCUCCAGCCUUGCACAGUUCCAUGCCUCAGCAGCCUUCUCGACCCAGUCAUAAGGCAGCACCUCUUCAUCCUAAACCCCCUCAACAGCAACCAGCCCCUCCUCAGCAGCAGCCAACCCUGCAGCAGCAGCAGCAGCAGCAGCAGCAACAGCAUCAACAGCAGCAGCAACUGCAGCCUCAGUCAGCAGCACCACCACAGCAUCAGCUCCCUUCUCAGAUCCUCCACCCUCCUCAGCCUCUCCAUCAGCGGCCCAUGUCCCCCCCAACGCUCACACCCCAGGGCUUGCUGUCUUCCCAACCUCCCCAGAUGCUGCUGGAGGAUGAUGAAGAGCCAGGGUCGACAACACCUAUGAACCAAGUACAGUUAUACCUACAGCAGUUCCAGCAAGCCCGUCAGCCCCAGCAGUCCAUGCAGUCGCUCCAGGCGCAGGCUCGUCAGCAGCAGCAGCAGCAGCAGCAGCAGCAGCAGCAGCAACAACAACAACAACAAGGACCGCCUUCUCUUCUGCAGUCUGUCCAGGGACAAGCCCAACUCUCGUCUCAGACCACGCUGCCUACUCCCCAGCUGCCUGUUCAGUCCCAGGCUCAGCCAGCCCCAUCACUUCAGGCCCCAUCCCAACAGAUGCCUCUACACCAGGCCCGCCACAUGCAGCAUAAUCAGCAGCAGCAACAGCAGGCACAACAGCAGCAACUGAACUACCAGCAGGGUCCUGGACUAGCUGGUCAGUCCCAGGGAUCACAACACAAAGUAUCCAUGCCCACCAACAAAGCACAACAGAUCAUCCAGCAGCAGCAAGAACAGCCCUCCCCUCGCCCGACCAAGGCUGACCCUUACAACACAGGUCACAUGAGGGACAACCCAUCCCCUCUCAUGAUGCAUUCCCCACAACUUCCCCAGUAUCCACCUGUGUCUCACCAGUCUCCACCUCACAACAUGCAGCCCAAAAAGCAGAGGGCCCCUGUGAGCCAAGGUGGGUUAAAGGAAGAGAAACUUCCUCCAUCACCAGUGAUGAGAGGAGAGCCAUUUAAUCCUGCAAUGAGACCAGACCAUCACAAACAUCCUGACAACAAGCCUUCUCAACCAGGCCACAGCCAACAGAAUGUGAAGUCCAUGGACAGCUCGCGACCGGUCAUUCGCUCUUCUGAGCCCAGUGUGCCGCCUUCCUCUCUGCAAGAGAAAGAUAAGUUCAAGCAGGAGUCCAAGGUGCCCAUUGCCCCCAAAAAAGUACAGGAUGUGAAACUAAAGAAUAUGGGCUCAUGGGCCAGCCUGGCACAGAAGUCCACAUCUACACCCUUAUCUGCAGUGAAAUCAUCGAGUGACAGUUUUGAGCAGUUCCGCCGUGCUGCCCGGGAGAAAGAGGAGAGGGAGAAAGCCCUGAAGGCCCAAGCUGAGCAGGCAGAAAAAGACCGGCUACGCAGAGAGCAGGACAAACUACGAGGUCGGGAUGAAGAGGACGUCAUGGAGCCAAGCAGAAGGGUGCACGAGGAGCCACGCAGGCGUCUGGAACAGCAGCACAUCCAAGUCCCUUCACAACAACAGCAGCAACAGCAGCAACAGCAGCAGCAGCAGCAGCAACAACAGCAGCAGCAGCAGCAGCAGCAGCAGCAGCAGCAGCAGCAGCAGGAGCCCCAGCCGACUACCAUUCAGCAGCCUCCUCAACCCCCCACACCGCCGCAGCCCACCACACAGAACCCACUAGACCAACAGAGGGAGCUAGCACGCCGCCGAGAGCAGGAGAGGAGGAGGCGAGAGGCGAUGGCAGCAACUAUUGACAUGAAUUUCCAAAGUGACUUAAUGGCUAUCUUUGAAGAGAACCUGUUUUGAGGAGAGGAGCAACUGAAACGUAACUGCAAAAACAAACAAAAAAAAAAAAAACACAUGAAAAAAAAGAAAAAAAAAAACUUGGAUGAUGUACACUUCCUCUAAAGUGAGAUUUGGUGACCACGCACCACAGAGGGACAUGGACUGUAUGUAGAUAUGAGAGGCGCUCGGAGACUUGAGUACAAACGCUGGACGAGGAGGACACAGCUCACUUUGCCCCUGUGGACGGAACACACACAACACAUGGGGAUAGUCUCAUUGUUUUGGAUGUAAUUUCCUGGGAAUUUGGCAUCGUCUGCCUGAUAUCUCGCAACAUGAGCAAAAGGACCCCUGUUGGCACAGUUGCCUUUUUCACACUUGUUUCUAACGGUGUGCAUGGGCGCAACAAUAAUUGCAAGAGUAAAGACAUCCCAAUAACUAUGAAAAUGCUCUGAUAAUGUACUGACACACUGCGCAGAGGCGUUUUGAAACUGCCAGAUGUCUGAGGUGAUGAAGAGGACUGGUCUUUUAUGUUCUGUUUUGUUUUUGUUUGUUGUAAGUGAACACAUGAAAUGGUUGGGGGGGCGGGCAACUUCCAUACUGUAAAUCAUGUAUAUUUCUCAGCAGAGAAGGUACACUUUGCCUUACACCUCUUUCCUAAACAGACCAUUAUGUUCUGUGGCCUGCACACAUGGACAAACCAAUAACAUUUACAACCAGGAGUAGGAGCAGCGCAGAUCUUUUUCAUCAUCUAGUAUCUACUGUAAAGAAGUAUUUUCUUAUACUACAAUAACUGUUUAUUUUGGAUCUUUUUUUCCUCUCUUUGAAUCUUCACACCGACACACUCCGCCACUUAUGUCUAUGCCAAACAACCCAUUAACUUUUAUGCUCAAUUACUUGUCCUAAAAUAUGAUAGGUAGCUAGUGAAAAAACCCUGAAUAUAUGCAUUAUCAUAGUUCCAGCAAGUAUUUUAUCAAAGACUGAAUCAGUUGAAGUUUUCAUCCUGCCUUGUAUUUUUAAUUUAAAGCCACAACAGGAAAUCGUUAGCAGAAGAGUGGAAAGGUCCAGCCGUCUCUGAGCUUUAGUUGGAAUAUAAUUUCACUACAAGUGUUGCACCAUUCUUUGUAUUUUUACACUUUUAGACAUAAUGUUGGAAAUGUUCAUAUCAUUGGCCUGUUCACAACAGUCACACUACUGAAUCAGUUAAGAAGUGAGAAGAUGAGGAGACCCUUGCUGUUCCCCCUGUGUGUGCUCUGGUCUUACCAAAAGGUUUUGAUCAAAUAUCAACAAGCAGAGUGUUCAAAGCAGGGAGAGGACAGUCAGGGGAAUAAGACAAACACUUACCACCUUUCUGUCCCUGAGGUUAGUAAAAAUAGUCGAAGGGAUCUGCAGGAGCUCCUAGUAAAUUUUUGCGUCAAAUAGUCACCACGGGCACACUGUCGACAAUACAAAAUAAAAAGACAAACAAUUACAAAAAUUACGAAUCAGAAAAUGCUGAAAAAACAGUUUUGAUUUCUAUCUUUGUUCUUGUUCGAUAAUAGUGGAUGUGAGUUAUAAUUCUGUUUUUGGAGACAUUGUUUGGACUGGGGAUGGGUUGAAAUCUGAAUGCAUCUCGUCCUCACCACUUGUCUCUUAUGGUGUUUUUCUCCAGUGCCUGUAUUGUAUUGCAAUUCUCGUUGGAUUAUAUUACACUUUGAGGGGGUUUAGAAAGGGGUGAGUCGGGAAUGGGUGGUGUAAUAUUUGAAUGGGGAGGGAGAUUUUUGAAAGAGUUUGAGUAAAAAAAUAAAUAAAAAAAGGAAAAGACAGCAUUUUAUAUUUUACCCGUUGUCAAUAUUCGGGUUUUAAAUUUAGUUUUAGCUGGACUUCUAUGAGUGUACACACCUGACAACUACUUUCUCAUUUUGUUCAAUCAGCAGAUUUUAGGUAGAUAUGUUUCAGCGUUGCCACACUAGCAUUUGAGUCUGGUCUGUGAGUGUGACUGUGUAAAUUUGGACGGCUGUGUGACUGUGUGUGUUUUUGUUUUUGUUAAAAAAUUUUUUAAGUGUGUGGUGCAAGGAGGCAUGUUCCACAGUGUAGAUAUGCAUUCUAUUGAAGGGAGGCGAAGAAACAUAAACAGUACUUCAGGAGAAUUUGUUUUUGUGCUUAAGUCACCUUUUUAAUUUCUAUGAAGUCCACCAUAUAUGAAUAUAUAAUUUUUAUUAUUAGACUGGUUUUGAAAGGGUAAAAAAAAAAAACAACCUUCAUUCCUUUUUAGCCUUUUUUUUCUUUUCACAGUAAUUGUCGGACAUAAUGUGCCAUGAGUUCUACAGAGAAUGUGCUGACCCGCAGCUCAGCCCAGAGUUUGCUUUAUUCAGGUAUUUUAUUUUGUGUUACAUGUGUUCUGUUUUGGAGGUUUUGUUCAAACAUUUUCCUCGAUUAUCGUUUGGUAUGUGAGUGGUCUAUCGAGGUCUCCGAUUAAGUCUGUUAUGAUCAUUGAAUAAACUCAUCUCUUUUAUAGAAAAU